UGUAGUUUUGAGGAGAUUGCAGUGCAGUGUUUCGUCCAGCAGGGCACUUUAGAGUCUUUGUCCACACUGACAAAUAAACACACCGUUGGGUUAAAAUAGCGUGUUCUUGUAAAGCGCCCACUUGUGUAAAAGUUCCACUAAGGGUUCGAGCUACUUUUGCCGGACGCCGUGGACGCGCCGCAGCUUACAUGACAUACGUUUAUCUUCGCCGCUGUUGCCUGCUAGCGUCCAUGUUAGCAGCUAGCACGUUGGCGUAAAUGCUGUUGCCUGCAAUGGACCUGUUGGACCCUCAGUACCUGGACAAGGUGAACAAUAAGGUAACUGCAAUGGACCUGUUGGACCCUCAGUACCUGGACAAGGUGACCAAUAAGGUGCCUACAAUGGACCUGUUGGACCCUCAGUACCUGGACAAGGUGAACAAUAAAGUGCCUACAAUGGACCUGUUGGACCCUCAGUACCUGGACCAGGUACCUACAAUGGGCCUGUUGAACCCUCAGUACCUGGACAAGGUGAACAAUAACAUCGGGAGACUUCACUAUGGAGAGUCCAGCUCCAUGUCCAACAUGAGCGCACCGCCCCCUCUGUGUCCAAGCAAACGGAAGUACGGCGAUGAACAAAAGGACCAAAUCAAUUGUGAUGACGACCACAUGAACAAAAUGAGCAGAUUGUUUGCAACUCAUCUGUCCCGCCCUUCUGCUGGAGACAAGCGCAAUGAGCACUGGAACACAAGCCACAGUCCUGUGGAGCACAUUGGUGCUUCCGCCAACGGUCUCCAUGGCAACCGUCUGUAUGCUUCCAUUUCUGGCUAUGCUGUGGACCAGCCUCUGGCCCUGACCAAAAACAGCAUUGACAGCACGGUUGGAGGCGGAGAGAGGUCUGUUGUUGAACGGCAGCAGAAUCGCCCGUCUGUCAUCACUUGUGCUCCUGCAAGCAACCGCAAUUGUAACCUGUCUCACUGCCACAUGAACGGCUGCUCUCCGAGCCCACCCGACGAUGGAAGGAAGAACAAUGUUUGCGAUCCUGUGAUCGAGGAGCACUUCCGUCGCAGCCUUGGCAAAAACUACAAAGAAGCCGAGGUGGCGGCCGACUCGAUGUCCAACUCGGUGUCCAUCACAGGCUCAGUGGACGAUCACUUUGCUAAGGCGCUGGGAGACACCUGGCUCCAAUUAAAGGCCAAAGGUCAUCAGGCCCCAGAAGAGGAUCCAUAAGGUGAACAAAUGUUCCAAUCACUUUUAUGUCCACUGGUGUUGGUUGCCAUGAACAAUCGGAGACAUGUGGCCUUCUGGACUUUGAUUGCCUUCUGACAAGAAUGGUCCACAGUUUUAGCUGAACAAUCAUAAAUACAUACAUGUAUUUUUGUACUGUUAAUGACGACAACACCACAACAAUGUUUUAUUAGAGAGCUGUUUGUUUCAGGGCUGACUUUCAGACUCCAAUCGGAUUCUUAGAUUGAACUCAAAUCUAUGGCGUUUGUUUUUUUUUAAGAGCAGUUAUUGGCCAUCCCCACAAAGAUGACAUCUUUGCGCUUUUUCCUCCUCAGAGAAAAAAGGCUGAAAUAUUGAAUAGUUUAGUUGGAAGCCCAAGCUGGUGUUUGAACAUCCUCCCAUCAUCACACUCGCUGUACGAAGGAUGAAGUGAUUCAAUAUUCAACCAACAAUUCUACUUUGUUUUCUCGCAUAGACACAGAAAGUCCUUCACUUUUUCCAUCAGCUUGCAAGUCUCACAUUUCUGUUUUGGCUGAAUGCAUGCCAUCUUUAUUGCUCAUUCUUCAGUCAUAUCUUCCCUGCCGAUUAUACUCACUUCUAUCAGUUUAAUGGCUGUGAGGAAAUAUUAAAUUUUCACAAAAUGCAAUCAAGACGUUCUAGAAGAACUGGAUUCACUCCUGUUAACUGAAACGUUAGCGUUAACUGAAACGUUGGCAAUAACUCCAAAGUUGGAGAAGCCGGCAAUAACUCAAACGUUAGCCUGUAGCUCCAAUGUUGGCUAUAACUCAAACGUUAGUGGUUACUCAAACAUUAGCAGUAACUCCAACUUUGGCGAAGUUAGCGAUAACUCCAAGAUUGCUGAUCACUCGAAAGUUGCCAGCGUUGGCGAUAACUCCAACGUUACCGGUAACACAAAAAUUGGUGAAGUUGGCGAUAACACCAACAUUAGCGGUAACUCCGUUAGCAGAAACUCCAAUGUUAGCGAUAACUCCAUUAGCGGUAACUCCAAUGUUGGCGAUCACUGCGAAGGUGGCGAUAACUCAAUACGUUAGCGUUAACACCAAUGUUGGCGAUAAUUCCGACGAUGGGGAAGCUGGCAAUAACUCCAAUGUUAGCGGUAACACCAACAUUGGUGAAGUUGCCGAUAACUCCAAUGUAGUGUUAAAUAACUCCAAUGUAGUGUUAAAUCAACAUUAGCGGUAACUCCAAUGUAGCGGUAAAUCAACAUUAGCGGUAACUCCAAUGUAGCGGUAAAUAAACAUUAGCGGUAACUCCAACAUUACCAGUAACGCCAACGUUGGUGAAGUUGGUGAUAACGCCAAUGUAGCGGUAAAUCAACAUUAGCGGUAACUCCAAUGUAGCGGUAAAUCAAUAUUAGCGGUAACUCCAAUAUAGCGGUAAAUCAACAUUAGCGGUAACUCCAAUAUAGCGAUAAAUCAACAUUAGCGGUAACUCCAAUGUAACGGUAAAUCAACAUUAGCGGUAACUCCAAUGUAGCGGUAAAUCAACAUUAGCGGUAACUCCAACGUUAGCGGUAACUCCAAAGUUAGCGGUAACACCAACGUUGACGUUGGUGAUAACUCCAAUGUAGCGGUAAAUCAACAUUAGCAGUAACUCCAAUGUAGCGGUAACUCCAACGUUAGCGAUAACUCCAACGUUAGCGGUAACUACAACGUUAGCGGUAACAUCAUCGUUGAAGUUGGUGAUAACUCCAAUGCAGCGGUAAAUCAACAUUAGCAGUAACUCCAAUGUAGCGGUAAUUCAAAAUUAGCGGUAACUCCAAUGUAGCGGUGAAUCAACAUUAGCGGUAACUCCAAUGUAACGGUAAAUCAACAUUAGCGGUAACUCCAAUGUAGCGGUAAAUCAACAUUAGCGGUAACUCCAACGUUAGCGGUAACUCCAAAGUUAGCGGUAACACCAACGUUGACGUUGGUGAUAACUCCAAUGUAGCGGUAAAUCAACAUUAGCAGUAACUCCAAUGUAGCGGUAACUCCAACGUUAGCGAUAACUCCAAAGUUAGCGGUAACUACAACGUUAGCGGUAACAUCAUCGUUGAAGUUGGUGAUAACUCCAAUGCAGCGGUAAAUCAACAUUAGCAGUAACUCCAAUGUAGCGGUAAAUCAAAAUUAGCGGUAACUCCAAUGUAGCGGUGAAUCAACAUUAGCGGUAACUCCAAUGUAGCGGUGAAUCAACAUUAGCGGUAACUCCAAUAUAGCGGUAAAUCAACAUUAGCGGUAACUCCAUCGUUGGUGAAGUUGGUGAUAACUCUUAUGUAGCGGUAAAUCAACAUUAGCGGUAACUCCAAUGUAGCGGUAAAUCAAUAUUAGCGGUAACUCCAAUGUAGCAGUAAAUCAUCAUUAGCGAUAACGCCAAUGUAGCGGUAAAUCAACAUUAGCGGUAACACCAAUGUUAGCGGUAACUCCAACAUUGGUGAAGUUGGUGAUAACUCCAAUGUAGCGGUAAAUCAACAUUCGCGGUAACUCCAAUGUAGCGGUAAAUCAAUAUUAGCGGUAACUCCAAUGUAGCGGUAAAUCAAUAUUAGCGGUAACUCCAACGUUUGCGGUAACUCAACGUUGGCAGUAACACCAACGUUAGCGGUAACGCCAACAUUGGUGAAGUUGGUGAUAACUCCAAUGUAGCGGUAAAUCAACAUUCGCGGUAACUCCAAUAUAGCGAUAAAUCAACAUUAGCGGUAACUCCAAUAUAGCGGUAAAUCAACAUUAUCGGUAACUCCAACGUUUGCGGUAACUCAACGUUAGCAGUAACACCAACGUUGAAGUUGGUGAUAACUCCAAUGUAGCGGUAAAUCAACAUUAGCGGUAACUCCAAUGUUAUAACUCUAUGUUGCCGAAAUAUAAAGGAUAGCCUUGAAGUGGAAAGCAUGUUUCAAAUAGCUGGAUUCUAUCAAACUUUGCUCUUAAUGAAAUAUUUACUCAGAAUGUAUUUGUAUGUAACAAAAUACUCACUGCUGGUACAGUUGUACUCCAUAUAUAUUUUUUCUAUCUGGUUGCCAUUUUGGCGCGGAGUUCUUCAAAGCACAGCCUCUGGAAAGGUUGUCCAAGGCAGGUUGCAAGGCAACAUUGCGAUAAAUGCUAUUUCUUCACCCGCGACUGAACGACUUUCUGUUCGCUUUGAAUAUUCCCAGCACGCUGGAUUCUUUUCAUCUCGUCUUUGACGCGUCUACAAAAGGCAGUCCGGUGUUUAUUUGCAAGUGUGGUGUGACACAACUAGGAGAUGUGGUCCACCUAGUUUUUUUGUAUACCUUCAGAAUAGUCUGUGAUAACCUUAGUUUCUAAACUCUGAUUGCUAGAAUUCCACCUAGCAACCGCCUUUACUUUCCUAUUGGUUCAGCUGUUACACGCUUUCCUGUCUUCAUAUUUGAUUGUACUCCUACGUGACCAUCAUUGCGCCGAGCGGAAUGAUCAUAUUAUGUAUUUGUUUGUAUUUCGAGUAGCGUACUCACAUGUAGCGUGGACGUUUCUUAUCUAGCCAUGCAUUUACACCUGGAUGACGUGAUGAGCGUGCAGGAACACAUCUGGACCUCAGCCGAGUGUCAAAGGUCUGCGUUUAUUGACUUGUUUGACACAAGCUCGCAUGUGUGAUGAUAUUAUUUAAUUGCUCAGAGAUGUGUCACCCUCAUGAUGAUACGUUUGUACACUUGGCUCCGUAUUUCUCUGGAAGAAAAAAUGCCACUGUUUUAUAAAGAAUGUCUUCCAAAUAAACAGAAAACCUCACUUGUGGAUUACUUCCUUGAAACAACGAACCGUCUUCAAGCUGACCUUUCUAUCGUUACGGUAAGAGCCUCUGAUGAAGAGCCUGCUCCUGCUUGUGUAACAGCACUUCAUGCAGCAAAUGAUUUGACGUUACCUACCUCAAGACAGAAAAGCACUCAGACAUGCUCUUCUAAACUGAUUUCAUGUUUCGACACUGCACCAAUCUUUUGACGGACACGUUGGAGCUUAAAGCAAAGAGGUAACCAUAGAACUUAAUGGGACAUGUAGAAUGUUUCAUUGACUAAACAUGCUAAAUUAACAAGCUUCCAUAACUAUUACUGUCUUUUUAAAGGGGAACAUUAUCACCAGACCUAUGUAAGCGUCAAUAUAUACCUUGAUGUUGCAGAAAAAAGACCAUAUAUUUUUUUAACCGAUUUCCAAACUCUAAAUGGGUGAAUUUUGGCGAAUUAAACGCCUUUCUAAUAUUCGCUCUCGGAGAGAUGACGUGAAGCAAUCCGCCAUUUUCUCAAACACCGAGUCAAAUCAGCUCUGUUAUUUUCCGUUUUUUCGACUGUUUUCCGUACCUUGGAGACAUCAUGCCUCGUCGGUGUGUUGUCGGAGGGUGUAACAAC